AGUGAUCCACCUGGAAUGGAAUUAGAGAAUACUAUGAAAGGAAAGGUCUUAUUCGAGUAAUGAGGCUGAAGGGUUGACAUUCCACGCCUGAUGUCUCUGGACACAAUCUGAUGUGAAGCGUGCUGAGAUGGUACUCAUUACAUUGAUUAGGGUGGGAUCAACGGAUGCAAUAUCAUUUGGGAGUAUGGAUCCAGGAUCUGUAUGGGGAGCAGAACAUGGAAGGUCUGGCUUCUGUAGCUGCUUCUCUGCUGAACAUGGGCAUUGGUGGCUUUAACCAAGAGAGCAGAUCCAGCUGAGCUUAGAACAAUAUUUUUGAAGUAUGCAAGCAUUGAAAGAAAUGGUGAAUUUUUCAUGUCUCCCAAUGACUUUGUCACUCGAUAUUUGAACAUUUUUGGAGAAAGCCAGCCUAAUCCAAAGACUGUAGAACUGCUGAGUGGUGUGGUGGAUCAGACCAAAGAUGGACUAAUAUCAUUUCAAGAAUUUGUAGCAUUUGAAUCUGUGCUAUGUGCCCCGGAUGCUUUGUUCAUGGUGGCCUUUCAGCUGUUUGACAAAACUGGCAAAGGAGAAGUGACUUUUGAGGAUGUUAAACAAGUGUUUGGACAGACCACAAUUCAUCAACAUAUUCCAUUUAACUGGGAUUCAGAAUUUGUGCAACUACAUUUUGGAAAAGAAAGAAAAAGACACCUAACAUAUGCAGAAUUCACUCAGUUUUUACUGGAGAUACAACUGGAACAUGCAAAGCAAGCUUUUGUGCAAAGAGACAAUGCCAAGACUGGAAGAGUCACAGCCAUUGACUUCCGAGACAUCAUGGUUACUAUCCGUCCCCAUGUGCUGACACCUUUUGUAGAGGAAUGUCUUGUAGCUGCUGCUGGGGGUACCACAUCCCAUCAAGUUAGUUUCUCCUAUUUUAAUGGAUUUAACUCACUCCUGAACAACAUGGAACUCAUUAGAAAGAUCUACAGCACUCUGGCUGGCAACAGGAAAGAUGUAGAGGUGACUAAGGAGGAGUUUGUUCUGGCAGCUCAGAAAUUUGGUCAGGUUACACCCAUGGAAGUUGACAUCUUGUUUCAGUUAGCAGAUUUAUAUGAGCCACGGGGACGUAUGACCUUAGCAGACAUUGAACGGAUUGCUCCUCUGGAAGAGGGAACUCUACCAUUCAACUUGGCUGAAACCCAGAGGCAGAAGGCCUCCGUCAGUUCAUCUCGACCAAUUCUCCUACAAGUUGCAGAGUCGGCCUACAGGUUUGGUCUGGGUUCUAUUGCUGGAGCUGUUGGCGCCACUGCUGUGUAUCCGAUUGAUCUUGUAAAAACUCGAAUGCAGAACCAAAGAUCAACUGGCUCGUUUGUGGGAGAAUUAAUGUAUAAAAACAGCUUUGACUGUUUUAAGAAAGUACUACGUUAUGAAGGCUUCUUUGGGCUGUAUAGAGGUCUCUUGCCACAGUUGUUGGGAGUUGCCCCAGAGAAGGCCAUAAAACUUACAGUGAAUGAUUUUGUGAGGGAUAAGUUCAUGCACAAAGAUGGUUCAGUUCCACUUGCAGCAGAAAUUCUUGCUGGGGGCUGUGCAGGAGGUUCCCAGGUAAUUUUCACAAAUCCUUUGGAAAUAGUCAAGAUCCGUUUGCAGGUGGCUGGAGAAAUCACUACUGGUCCCCGAGUCAGUGCCCUGUCUGUCUUAAGAGACCUGGGGUUCUUUGGCAUUUACAAGGGUGCCAAAGCGUGCUUUCUGCGGGACAUUCCUUUCUCAGCCAUCUACUUCCCCUGCUAUGCACAUGUAAAGGCUUCCUUUGCAAAUGAAGAUGGCCAGAUUAGCCCGGGAAGCCUGCUCUUAGCUGGUGCCAUAGCUGGUAUGCCUGCAGCAUCUUUAGUGACCCCUGCUGAUGUUAUCAAGACUCGAUUACAGGUGGCCGCCAGGGCCGGCCAAACCACUUACACUGGAGUGAUAGACUGCUUUAGGAAGAUUCUGCGGGAAGAAGGCCCAAAAGCUUUGUGGAAAGGAGCUGGUGCUCGGGUAUUUCGCUCCUCACCCCAGUUUGGUGUAACUUUGCUGACAUACGAACUGCUACAGCGAUGGUUCUACAUUGAUUUUGGAGGAGUGAAACCCAUGGGAUCUGAAUCAGCUCCUAAAUCCCGAGUCACAUUGCCUGCCCCCAAUCCUGACCACGUUGGGGGCUAUAAACUGGCAGUGGCAACAUUUGCAGGCAUUGAAAACAAAUUUGGACUUUAUCUACCUCUCUUCAAGCCGUCAGCAUCUACCUCAAAUGUUUCCAGUGGAGGCCUGUAGGAGAUCCAGACCUGGGAGUUUAUUGUAGUUGUGUUGUAACUGUGGUAAAGAACACACCAUCCAGGAAUGAAGUGAUGUCUCAUUCCUUUCCCUUCCUUUCUAGUUCAAGUUUAACUCAAAGCUGUUUUAUUAUAAAGUGAAAUCAUUCAAUUUCUGUGUGUUCUCGUCACCGGAUCAUUGUGAAAUUAUUCAUAAUUACCAGUUGGGCAUCUACUCACAAACCUUUGUACUUGAUGUAUGGUGGAAAUAGGUGAACACUAAUAUGAUUUGGGGGGGAGGAACAACUCUGAAUAGAAAUUAGAACUAUUCUUCUUGAACCAGGAUAUUAAUCUCAGAGAAGUUACUGAAUGGCAAUCAUGGUGCUCAGAGCAAAAUGUUUCGUGUAUGUUUAACUUGGUAGAAAAGUAGAUGUCUGUUUCUAACAAUGAAAGACACUGGACAAAAUUACCAGAAAUAGCCAACCUGGCUUCUGAUUUUAAAUAUUCACUAAUUUUAUCUCUGGAUUAUAUUAUGAAGCUUUCAUGUGAAACAUGUUUAUUUUUUUUUCUUUUGUAAUGAAAACCACACUGAAGAUGUUUAGUAAUCAUAUGCUGUUGUUGGUACCAAGACUCUUGAAAAGUCUUUGAACUUUAGGGAAAUGUUCUUGACAUUUUAUUAUAUAGAAAAGCUAUGAGAAGUCUCCUCUCCUGGAUGUGCUAGUUUGGGCAGCAGCUCAUCCGAUGCACACAUAAGCUGAUUCUCCUAUUUUAAUAAACAAUGUAGAAAAAUGCAUGUCCCCUGUAACUGGUAAACUGUCCUGAUCCCCUCCCAAUCCUCUUAAUUGGCGCCUCUUUGCUUUUAAAAUGUGCUUUUUCUUGAAUCAUGUCAAAUGUACUCUAAUAGGUUUUUAUUUAACAUGUGGUGCCUCACAUUAAUGAUGAAAAAGUUGUGUGUUUAUGAAAGAGGAAAUAAACUAUUUUUAAAGCUA